GGAGGUUGUCUGUCUCGUUUUGUCAGCACCAAAACUUGUCAUUUGUCGAGUGUACUUGGAAGCCAACGGACGUGACAGGUCGCUGAUGACGUGUUUCUUCAUUAGUGUUGUUAUACUCGGAAAAAGAUAAAACUUGGUCGUUGUAAAGACCAGCGUCACUAAUACCAUAUCCAGUUUUAGUAAAAAAGCAAAGAAGUGCUAGACACGAAGAGCUGUCCCGAAAUCAAAAUGGAUUCCGUGCAACGUUGCGGAGAUAAAGUCGACGUCAGCAAAGACCAACAGCAAGUGGUGCCUACGAUGAAUAAAGUGAAAGUUCCCAUUGGAGAUCAGCAGAAUAAAGCUUUGAACUGCACCAACUGCAAAGUGACGUGUCAAUACCCUUGCCAUUCAAACAUUUCGACCGCCGAGUCUUCCUGCCCAGCUUUUGAGAUGGAAGACGUGGGGGCAGCCGCACUUGAUUCCGAUUUUGUCUUCGUAAGUUGGGCGUGUAAAGUGUGUCCCGGCCUUUGCCUUGGCGGAGUCCACAAAUACGAGGACUUCAAAUGGGACUUUGUCCAAGAAACGACGAACUCGAUGGAGGAUCAGCAGGACCAGCAGCUGGACGAGGAUGGGAUAACGAAGAACUGGAGAAAGAAAAUCGAAAAGGCAUUAGAAGAGAUCACCCAACGUCUCGAUGUGAUGUAGAUGAAAGUGCUGGCUAAUAAUCCGCCCACCACUUGGCCCGAAAACGUCCAGGAGAUGAUGACAUCAACUGAGGAGGACAACAAGAAACCUGUUGGUGAAGAUGAGAAAAUCACGGCGAAAGACAACCAAUCGACGGAGCAAAUCUCGGCGGAGAAAAGACCAUGGGAAUCCAAGCACGAUCAGACAAAUUUUAUAUGCUCGGGAGAAUUCUUUGAUCUUUUCCGUAGUUCCUUCAAUGGGGAAAAAGUUGCCGUCAAGCGAGUUGAAGUUGAAGGUUUAACCCCAUUCGACGAAAAGGUAGAAGAAGUACUUGGACAACUUGAUCAUCCCAACGUCAUCAAACUUUUGCUAGUCACGCAGAAUGUCGAUUAUCGCCUUUUUAGAUAUUACGUCUUUGAACUGGCCGGUGGGACCGUCGAUGACUUUUGCGACCGCGAUUACAAAGGGAAAAUGCCCAGUGAUUCCGAAGCCCUAAAGCAGAUGGCCGCAGGUUUGCUGUACAUUCACGACAAGCGAUUCGCCCACCUGAACAUCAAACCUUCCAGCAUUUUCAUUUCAACAUCUGAGCCCGUCCGGUUGAUGAUCGCCAAAUUCGGCUUGUGUGAGCAAACGACGGAUGCGGGAACAUUUUCGAUUGGAUGUGACAACGGAAGCGGCGAAUUCGGGUGGAUGGCACCAGAAAUUUUUGAAUAUUUCGAUCAUCUCGAUGCUGAUAGCGACGAUGAUGAUGAGGAAGAACCAGUCAACACCUUUAGCAUCGCGUGCGAUACGUGGUCACUGGGAUGCCUCUUCUUCUACUUUCUGAAGAGAGGAAUUCAUCCUUUUGGAAAAAAACAAUCGAGUCAUUCGAUGGAACAUUGCAGCGGAAGAAAGUCCUGCCAAGCUUGAAAAAGCCAUACGGACAUCAAACAAGGAAUUGAGUCAAGUUUACGAGUUGAUUCGUGACAUGAUCGAGA